AUGCGCAUCCCUUUACUCGCCAUAGUUCUCCUCGGUCUGGGGGCAGCUGACAAUGUCGGUUCAUUUCGAUGAGCGUAGUGGGGUGGUGUCCUGUACAACUCCAUGGGGUAGUUGGUCCCAGACCAUGGAAGAAGUGUUCGUUGAAGUCCGAGUGACUCCUGGAACUCUAGCCAAAGAAAUUCAGUGCAAGCUUGGAAGCAGGGACAUAUCAUUAGCCGUGCGGGGAAAAGAUAUUCUCAAGGGAAGACUAUUUGACUCAACAAUAUCUGACGAGGGAACAUGGACAUUGGAGGAUCGGAAACUUAUCAGAAUAAUUUUAACUAAGACUAAUCGAGAUGCUGGGAACUGCUGGACAUCUUUAUUAGAAGGAGAAUAUUUUGCUGAUCCUCUGAUCCAGGAUCAAAUGCAAAAGAAACUUACACUGGAGAGAUUUCAGAGAGAGAACCCUGGAUUUGACUUCAGCGGAGCAGAAAUUUCAGGAAACUACAGCAAAGGAGGACCAGAUUUUUCUGGCUUGGAAAAAUGAAUUCAAUCUCCUAUGGAGGACAGACUUGAAUCUGUGAUUUUUUUUUUAAAUUCCUUCACAUUGUAUCAAUACAGUAUCGAACUGUAUUUCUCACUUUUUCAUAUACAGGAAUCUUGUGACUAUCAUCAAGAGUUUUUUUCCAUUCUGUAUUUAUUAUGAACAGAUUCUGAAAUGCAAGUUUUUUGUUUUUUUUUUACAUUAUUACAACGUAAAAUUAUAAACAUGCCUUAGCAACUCUGUUCCUGAUAGUGUGAGUGCAAAGCUGAGGUUACAAGAGUACAGGUAUACUAUUUCUAGAUAUCACAGUUUCAUCUCUAAAGAAGCCUUAUUUGUGUCAAACGUUGUAGCAACUUGCAACUUUUUUUUCUUUCAGAACCAAUAGCUGCUUCCAUAAUAACCAAUAAAAAUAGAUUCAGAAUU